AGCAAAGUGCUUCUUCAAUUCCUUUUACUACAAGCAGACAGACAGAAGGGCAGUGUAAAAGUAGUUUCUCCAGAUCCAAAAAAGAGCUGCCCUAGCGACUGCGACCAGCGCGAUUGUUCGCUGCAAGCUAGUUGUUUUGCUUGGCCCACGGAGUGCCAGCUUCAUCUUGCUAGCUUCAUCUUGCUGCAUAUAGACGCGACGAGGAUGCGGACCACUUUGAGCAGGCUGCUGCUGUUUGGCUCCUUGGUGGCACUGCAGCAAGCAACUGUUGUGCGCGGUGGUGGCCACGCCACGGUAGAGGACGCAGACGAGGCCCCACUCUUCGCGACAGGUUUGGAGUGACAAAGAUAUAUAUUUGCUUUUCUCGCCGUGCAUAGGUUUUUAGUAUUUUUUCUACUGGCUGCUUCUGCUAGUAACCAAAACAAAGUGCUACCUUUAGUGACAUGUCGGAGGGAAAUUAAACCUCGAAAAACAGACGACGCCGCUUCCAAACCCGCCGGCGCGGAUACCGGCGGAGGUGCGGAUGGGAAGAAGUUCUCCGAGGUGGGGGACCUCCAGUCUGGGGACGCUUCUAGUACGACGGGGAGUUCCACCGCCAGUGGCUCCGGCGACAGCACCAAUGCGGGCUUGCCCGCCUGGGCGCUCCUGUUCCAGAGCGUGCGGCAUCCGCUCAUUUUGGUGUUUCUUGUCUUCUUCGGGUGGCGACACGUGGGAAGAUGGCGUAACAGCAGAAUAGCGCAGUCCGUGUUCGUAUGGAUCAAGUAAAUGUAGCUUCGUCAUGCAGGAGCGCGGAGGCGGAAAGAUUUUUUUACCACUUUGAUAUGGGUUAUACGCAGUCGGAUUUUGUGUCUAUAGCUAUUCGGCUAUCUGUAUCAAGAGUAUGGCUCUACUUCGGCUGCCAUUUUUGUCAGUGCGAUUCUCUUUGUAUAUUAGUCUCGUCUGUGCAGAACUUCUCUUUGCGUGCGCGUACUGUACACAUGAUGCUUGUUUUGCGUUCGAUAAGACGGCCCGCUGUCUGGUCCGGAGUUUUGGAAAGCCGCAAAAAUAGCGAAAAUGACAGAGAUGGAGGAAAAAGAGUACAUUGGAUAUGUUUUUUUGUCCCACUGAGUAGCAACCUAAUGGUAAUAGAAUGAAAUCCAAGGUGAUAUUAUGCUAGUAUGCCAAGGUAGAGAUGAUCCAGCCACGAAGAUUUUUCGGCGCAAGAGAGUGAUUGUUGUGAUUUGGUUUUGCGGCCGCAUGAAAGAGUACUUAAAACUUCAAAUUUUGAUUUCAGCGGUACAACCCGCUCAGGCGUUACAAUCUCAAACGUUACAAUAGAAUCUGAGAUUUGUCUUGCGUGAUAAGCAUGAUCUAGCCAACUCCCAUGUGAUUGCGCAUGAGAAAUUCCGGAGCUCCAAACCCCACUACAAUGUGGGGAAAUUUGUAUUGCAAAAGGUGGCACGCUGCGCGAGUCUGUCAUGCCGAUCAUGCAACAGAAAUUCCAGAUUCUAUUGUAACGUUUGAGAUUGUAACGUUUGAGCAAGUCAUAAGCGGCCAUAUCUUCGAAGCGGUUGGGCUGACGGAAAGGAACGCCGGGUUCUGCAUGAUGGUCCAGACGCAGCGCCGAGUAUCGUGAGAAAAAAGUGUUACUACAGUUGCACACUCAGAUGCAAGACCAGCAAGACAGACAACCUCUGUCAUGCAGGAAAUGCUUCUCAGUCCCAUUUCAUAGGUGUUUUCCCUUAGAGCUACGCUAUGCGGACCAACUUUGUGAUGCUGUAAUUGCAACAAGUGUGUAAGUAACUGUAGCACUUUUUUCCUGUGAUACCGAGAGGAUAGUUUUUACUGCAUGUUGUAUCCACAGUUUUCUCACGUUCAACGCAAUCGAGCUCUGCAAAAAAUUCCUGGCUGGCAAUUCUGUAGUAUCGACAAAAUGCAUUUAUUCUGCCAACGAUGAAGCGUAAAAGUAUUCACAAUCUCUAGAGCACCCUGAUCACUGCGAGAGCUAUCCCUUUCCUCGCGCAGCCAGUGUGCGACCGCCUCUGGCGCUUUGCUCGAUGCCUGUUGAUAGAACUUUUCCAUUUGCACACAUUUUCUGGAUGGAUAUGGCCCGACACGGAUCGCCUGAUUUUGGAGAUUGAGCUCCGUAUCUUAACUUUUGUGGUGUUUGGUCUGAUAUGGAUAUCGCUUUCCGUUAUGAAACUGUGUGUGCGUCGAGUAGGCACUACAUAAAAAUUGACAAAUAUCAAAAACGAACAACAGCCGACCUGGACCCCUACUCAAUCGCCAUUCUGCGCAAGGGCACCAGCCACCGCACGGAGCAUCGCAACCUGAAGGAGAGCAAACCGCGGCUGAAAGUGCAGUACGUGGACGCUGGCGAGUACCUUGUCGUGGCCGAUCAAACGGAGCCGUUGACGCAAUUAGUUGAGACGAAUUGCAUUGAAGACUCCCUGCUGCUGAAAAUUUUGAACACGCCCCGCUGCAGCAGUGCAUCAGAGCAAAAAGGAAGCAAGCCCGACCCGACGAACGCGGAUACAAAGCUAGUGGAGUGCGUGCACAUCUCGUACAAGUACCAGCGGCAUUACUUCGGCGUGUUGGCGCAGCGGUUUCCGCCGAUGCCGAUUUUGUCCGUGACGCUCCGGGUCGACGAGGGUGUAGUGGAGACGGCGCGGAAGAUUUUGCCCUUGAUGGCAAAACUCGCGGACCAGGCGGUGAGCAAAGUGAAGCUGCCCGAGUCGCUGAAGAAAAAGAUCGCGCUGGCUGCAAACAGUGCGGGGACGACCAGCGGCGGACCUGGUGGUUUGGGUAGCAAGGCGGGCGACGGUGCCAGUAGUGCAGCGGAUCAAGCGAAUUUUGAAUCCAACUACCAGCGGCAAAAGCACUUGGAACGGCAGGCUCACGAGCGGAAGCUCGCGAAGAAGAAAGAGGAGCGUGCAAAGGUGCUGGAAAUGACACCGGAGCAGCAAAUGAAGUACGAGGAAAAGGAGCGGCAGCGAGAGCUAAAAAAGCGCAUGACGGGGGGAGGAAAAAUCAAGCGCAUGUCAGUGGCCGCGUAGAAGUGUCGCUCCCGGUGGAAAUACGACCGCCUGAAGCUUUGUAAUUGUGCUGUUAAGGUGGAGUGCUGCAGCACCAUUGUAGAAAACUUGUACAAAUGACGUGAAUUAUCGUAGCUGCUCUAGCGGGCUCGACGCCCGACGCGGACGAGCCAGAAAGACUCUACUUCCUCGCAGGGCGGCCAGAAAUUCUGCAAGCCGCGUAAUCACUGUGUCCAUUUUUUACAUCAUUUUCAAAUCGCGACGUUUGAUUGAUGUCAGUAAACCACGUGGUAGACUGCACGUAAGCCGUUGUCAUUUGAUCCGGUGAUGAU